AUGGCAGGAUUCUUUCUUCCACCCCCGCUGACCCUACUGCUGUCCUUAGCCCUGGGAUCUGCUACACAGGAAGCCCAGGGUAACGACAGCGAGAGGAUUAUUGAUGGAGUCCCAUGUCUAAGAGGCUCCCAGCCCUGGCAGGUGGCCCUGCUCAACAGCAACCAGCUCCACUGUGGCGGCGUGCUGGGCAACGCGUGGUGGGUACUCACUGCUGCCCACUGCAUGAUGAGUUCGUACAACGUGCACAUGGGUAGUGAAUACCUGGGAAGAGGCCAGAAGAUCGGGGCCACAAUGUCACUCCGCCACCCCGACUACUCCACACAGAGCCAGGUUAAUGACCUCAUGCUGGUGAAGCUGAAGAGGCGGGCCACUGUGAAGAAAGUCAACCUGCCUUCCCGCUGUGAACCCCCUGGGACCACAUGGACCGUUUCUGGCUGGGCCACCACCACCAGCCCUGUUGCGACCUUUCCAGAGAAACUCAUGUGCACGAAUGUCGACAUCAUCUCCUCUGGAGACUGCAGGAAGGUUUACAAGGACUUGCUGGGAAAUUCCAUGCUGUGUGCUGGCAUCGCCAACUCCAGCACCAAUGCCUGCAACGGUGACUCAGGGGGACCACUGAUGUGCAAAGGUACUUUGCAAGGCCUGGUGUCCUGGGGACUUUUCCCUUGCGGCUAACCCAGCAACCCAGCUGUCUAUAUCCAAGUCUGCAAGUACGUCGAUUGGAUAAAUGACACCAUGAGAAAGUAUUGCUAA